GCGUACACCGGGUAGAAAAGGCUAAGCGGAGUUAACAGGGAGAACUGGUGUUGGGGUGGUUGGCUCCGCCUUCGGAAAACACCGAAGUGUUUCAGGACAAAUUACGUGCGCAACAUAGUGUAGUAGGGACUCUUAUGGGAAAUAAUCAUGACUAAUUCAAGUGAUCAUGUUCACUUUCGGUAUUGCAAGACUCAGUGGUUAAAUCUAGAGUAGCAGUAAGUAGACUGCUGUAAAACUCACCUUAUAGGCCGAGCGUCUUUGUCUCGAACUGUACUUCCGUGUUGUAAAAAUACAAACAACUGGAGCCAGAUACUGUAUACUUUUUAAGCUACUACACGUUGCGCGUCUUCGCAUCUCUUUAAAAGGUGGUACGGUUGCCGUGAUAAGGAUUGACGACGCCAGUUGGUUUCGUUUUUAAGGACAUUUCUGGCCCGAGUUUGUCUGAGGCAUGAAGAAGAGAGGUAAAGUUAUGGGUGCAAGUCACAGCCACCAGAGCGUAGUUACAAGUCGGGCAGGAUCUUCAGCUGCAGCACCGGCAGCAUCGUCUUCAAACGACUAUUUCCCCAUGCCUCUGGACAUCUUGGAGGAAAUCUUCCUAAAUGUUCCUGCCCAUCAGGUGGUUUGUCUUUGUCGGUUAGUGUGCCGUCAGUGGAAGGAAGUGGCAGACAGUGAGUGUCUUUGGAGAGAGAGAUGCAGAAGAGAAGGGUAUGAAAUCUGUGUUGCCUCCAAAAUACCAGAAGACUGGAGGUUAUUUUACUUCUUGUGCAAGAAAAGAAGAAAUCUACUGAAGAAUCCAAGAGGAGAAGAGGAAUUCAGUGGAUGGGAAAUAAUGGAGAAUGGUGGAGAUCAGUGGAUAGUAGAGCAUGUUAUGGAGCCACAUCCAAAUGGGGCCCAGAAAAACUUUGUGACCUCUUAUGAUAUGUGCACAAAGUCACAGCUGAUUGAUUUGGAAAAGGAAGGUUACAACGCAUCAUUUAUGGAUCACUUCCAGCCAGACAUCAAAAUAUCUGAUUGGUAUGCACCACGAUGGGAUUGUGGAUGUGUAUAUACAAUGUCCGUGCAGUUGCUGAAUAAAAAGAAAAAGGUUAUGCAGAAAUUUGUCCCUGACACUGUGUACUUUGAGCAGUGGAAUGAUGGCAAAUGGCAGCAGAUGACCUACGUAUUCAAGAACUAUGGACCAGGAGUGAGAUUCAUCCGUUUUGUCCACGGAGGCCAGGACAGACAGUUCUGGGCAGGAUGGUAUGGAAUUCGUAUAACUGACAGCAGUGUUGAGAUAUGCCCAGUGAAGGACACAUAGCCUUUUGGGAUUUGUCUGUUACCUGCAUCCUGCCUUUGCCUUCGAUUACUAUAUGUGCACUGGUUUUUGUUAAUAACAAAAAAAUGUUCAAUGCUGCACCUUAAAGGACCAGUGUGUGGAGGUUAAAUGAUCUCUAAGCAGAUGUGGAAUAGAGUAUUCAUAAAUCAAAUACCACUGCACCUUAAACUAGACUAUAUAUAUAUGCUAUAAUACAUUUAUCGCUAUAUGAGGAUAUAUAUGUGGUGAUCUGAUCUAAUUGGUGAUGACAUGCACAAUAAGGCAAGAGUGAUGUGUACAAGCAAGGAAAUAAGUUUAACAUUGGACCUCUCAGGUACUUUGAAAUAUACCGUAAUAACAGUUUAAGUGACAUAGCAGCCUCUAUUGAAGUACCCUUUGCACUGCUUUGUAAUACCCUAUAUAUGAUGCUAAAAAAUGUCUUUUGAUUUUGUCUUCUUGGCGUGGUGUCAAAUGUGUACAGGUCAAUCAGCAUAUUCUGUAUGUAAGCAUCAAGUCACAAAACAACAUGUAUUUGUAGUAAGAUUUAAUCAUAAUACUGGUUUACUGGGAUGCUUUAUUACAAGCAAGAUACAGUACAACUUGGAUGUCAAAUAUUAAUAAAAAUCAAAGAAACA